GCACAGUGUAGGGAGGAAAAGACCUAGUGGGGUGAAUACGGGCCCCUCCCCCAGACCUCGUCUCUGGGGAAGGGGCGGAUGAAUGGUGUGGCGGCCUCACUCUUGCCGCGCACCGUAAGAGCACACUCACGCCUGACUGCACACGACAAGAGAACCCACCAUCGGGCCACGACACGGCCCGUCGAGAAAUCCCUGUCAUCCCUGUAGUGAGCUUCCUUCACUGCCUUGCCUAGCUUGUACAAAAAGGUCUCCAUAGUCGAAGACCAGCGUCCAUACGACUCGAAGGCCAAAGGCAGAAACGUGUACCCUCCCCGUGCACAUGCGACGGCAUACAGGUCCCUCUUGCGCUUCUCGGCCACGCGAAGGGCCGAGCCGGGCCGUUGGGUGGUGAGGCUCCUCCAUCUGCAAUUGCGACCUUGAAAGCUGAAGGUUUCCCCUUCUCCCCCUGAGCUCACUUUGUCUGACCUUAAGCGUCCGUCAACGACGCAAACAAACCGGUUCGUAUGGAUACCAUCGCUGUGUCUCCCUCACUGAUCAUACAACGCACCACGGCAGCUAAGUCGCCUAGCCACAGCCAUACGACAAAAACUCACAUCAGGCAAGAAAUCAGCUAAUCAAUGCAUAUGAUAGAUAAACAUCUAGACAGCCACUUGAGUGUUUGACACGCACCCAAGCACAGCCGCUGAUCCCUACGAGCCCAGUCACACCACACAAGAGCGGGUGGACCAGGACCCGACGCCCCGACACUCACCACCACACCCGGCUGUGUGAUGGGAAGGAGCCUCGAGUACAUACAUCUCACAGCCGGGAGACCUCAUGCACUUCACGGCGACCAGUCCCGGAGCGUCCUUCUGUGUCGCGGUUGAUGGAAUCCUUCACCCAUGACUCCACCGGGUAGCUAGCGACUGUCGGUCACACACACACAUACACAGACAGAGAGAGGGAGAGAGAGAGAGUCACUCAGUCUUGUGCACAUCUGUCUGUGUGAAUGUUCCUUCCAGUUGGCUGUGAGGCGUACGUACCCGGCGGGAGUGGCAUCAGCGCUUUGAUGACGAUCGGGUUAUCUUCGGUCAUCCCCCUGUCAAAGAAACACACCGGCACACAUACAGUACACACACACGUGUGCCGGUGUGUCUGUCUGUCUGUGUGUGCGCGUGUCGUACACAGCGCCGAGUGGCGUGUCGUCGGGCUUGCCCUCGAAGCCGAUGAGCACCACAUCAGAGCGCUUGUUGGGGCCAGCCAUGCCGGCGAUGUAGAGGAAGCUCUUGACAUGACCGACGGUCCGGAGCUUGUCAAUCUCUACCAAGUUUGUCAUGUCAAACUCCGACACGACAGGAGAGUCGUGCAGUUUGAAGAACCGACUCAUUUUCUGCAGACCACGCUCAUUCCAUCCAUCAAUCCGUUCCGCUCCAACGGAGGUGCAUGCAGCCAAACAACGCUC